ACACACACACACAUGCACAUACACACACACACACACACACACCCCGCCGAUCUCAGCAUUACACACACACACAGGAAGACUUGGAAGGGAAGAAGCACACUGCAGUCAGCAGAGGGGAAAAGCUUUUUAUUCUUCACAAACACACAGGUUGGGUCGCUUUCGUUCCGUCCCCUUAAACCAUGUGGCUUGGUCGCACAUAGCAUCUGGAGAGAGAGCGAGAGAGAGAGAGAGAGAGAGAGAGAGAGAGAGAGAGAGAGAGAGAGAGAGAGAGAGAGAGAGAGAAAGAGAGGAAGGGGGGAAAAAUGGGGAACCCCUGAUUCCAUAUGGUUUUUCCGUUAUUAAUAUUUAGCCAAGUCCUCCAGAGUUGAUUUUGAGAGCAGAGCAGAGUCCACCUGCCAUCCAUCCCACAGGAAUGGUGGACCACUUGCCAAUUGGUGAGGAGUCCUUCCUGUACUACAAUGGCGGUGGGCGCUUGUCGCCGGGCGUGGUGGUGACAGACGCAAGCGUCUACCGGCCCCUUCACCCGUACCGAGAGGUGUCGUCGUCAUCACCGGGGCUCUCCGAGGAUGAACUCAGCAUGUCCUCGAGUCCCCGGUCGUCGCUGUGCUCCAGCCCGGAGUCGUCGUCCUCCUCGCCAGAAUCCCACACCCACGCCGGCUCAUCGGGCGGCGAGAGUCAAGACAGCCUGCUGGAUCUCCUCCUCUCGCAGGGCAUGAGCGCCUCCACCGGCUCGCUAUCCUUACCGCCUUCGUCCUCGCCCGCCGCCCCACUUUUGCCGAUGGGCCUGGCUUGGGAGUCCAAGAGGACCCACAGGAUGGGUCUCCUUCAGCAUCAAGCCAAAGAGGACUAUUGCGAGUUCCCGGUUUUCCUGGACGAGCUGCAGGAUCCGUCGGCGCUCCUCUUCCAGCCCACCCUGGAGGAGAUCGAAGAGUUCCUGGAGGAGAACAUGAUGGCGGCCAUGGAGAAGGAGGACGAGGGGAGCGACGAGGCCAUGUCGUCGACGACGGAGGACUCGGAGGCCGAAAGCACAAAGACGAUACCGAGGGAGGUGUUGCAGAACUCGGAUCAGACUGUACCUGUAGCGCUUUCGCCGCUGUCCUCUUACCGAGGGACCAAACUAACGCGACAUGCGGCCAACGUGGACCUAACAGUUGAUGCUGGCUGCAGCGGUGGCGAAGGGAUCAAGCAGGAAGACUGUGGAUCUCCAUCAGCGUCCAGAGAAGGCGCCGGCGCCGCCUCCAGUGCGCCAGUCAUCCUGCAGAUCCAGCCUAUUCAGAUCAAACAAGAGGCUCAAGCCAGCGCCGUCUCGGACCCUCGCACCCAGGAAGCUCACCCCCAGAAGGGUGCUUCGGAUAUCAAGAUCGCCCAACUCCUGGUCAACAUCCAGGGCCAAACCUUUGCCUUGGUACCUCAGCUGCUUUCCCCGGCGAACAUUGCCUCGGUCAGCAAGACGUCCUCCAAGUUUGUACGGAUCGCGCCGGUGCCCAUCGCCGCCAAACCCACAGGGCUCGGGGACGGCGGGUUGGGCGGCGGGGCGGCCCCCGGGGUCCUCAGCGGUGGUCAGAGAUACCAGAAGAGCGCCGUGGCAGACCUUAUAAAAAUGCACAAGUGCUCUUUUCCGGGCUGUAACAAGAUGUACACCAAAAGCAGUCACCUGAAAGCCCACCUGAGGAGGCACACCGGGGAGAAGCCUUUCGCCUGCACGUGGCCCGGCUGUGGAUGGAGGUUCUCCCGAUCGGACGAGCUGUCCCGACACCGGCGCUCCCACUCGGGAGUCAAACCCUACCAGUGCAUCGUCUGCGAGAAGAAGUUUGCCCGCAGCGACCACCUUUCCAAACACCUCAAAGUCCACCGCUUCCCACGCAGCAGCAGGACAGGACGCUCCGCAAACUGACCCUCGCCCCGUCCCGCCCCCAAGGACUCAAAAUGAACGGGGGGGCGGGCGACUGUAGAGUGACGGAAGGAGGACGAGACACCCUUUUAAAGGACGGACGUACUGGGAUCAUUUUGGAAGACAAAACAAGACUUAAAUAAGAUACAAAAUGUUACUUGACACACAAAGAAACCCUCACAAGUAGAAUAAGCUUCUUGUACAGUUUUCUCAUGCAAGCCAAUCAGACGUCAAAAUGUCUAUUUUUUACCGUUUGUUCUACAUGCCUUAGAGAACAGUUCUUGCCUUUCUGGAGCCAAAUGUUGCCAAACAACAUUCACACAUUUAAUAUGCUGGACUUGAGGACUGGUGUGGCCUUAAUCCUCCACUGCUAAGUACAAAACACUCAAGGUUUUCCUUGCCUCCGUCGCCAAACAACACAUGCUAUUGCAGAACUAACCUAACCAACUUCAAUAUGGAUGCACUAUUGGUCGGGGUGAGGGGCAAGAAACCUAUUGAGCUCAUGUUUCCCAAAGUUUCUUCGUUAGAGGCAGUAUUUCCUUGCCUCCGUCGCCAAAAAACAGGUGCUACUACAAUGAAAUUGUCAUGACUUGGCAACACGGCAGUCAAAAAUCACCCAACCAACUUCAAAACGGAUGCACUGUUGGUCAGGGUGAGGGGCAAGAAACCUAUUGAGCUCAUGUUAUCCAAAGUUUCUUCGUUAGAGGGAGUUUUUCCUUGUCUCCGUCGCCAAACAACAGGUGCUACUCCAAUACAAUUGGCAUGACUUGGCAGUCAAAACUAACCAAACCAAGAUCGAAAUGGAUGUACUAUUAGUAGUGGUGAGGAGCAAGAACCCUUUUGAGCUCAUGUUAUCCAAAGUUUGUUUCAUUAGAGGGAGUGUUUCCUUGCCUCUGUCGCCAAACAAAAGAUGCUAUAGCAAUAUAAUUGCCAUGAAAUUUGCAAUUAAUCAGUCAAAACUAAGGAAAACUACUUCGAAAUGGACCUAGCACUUCACUGGAUGAUGUUUCUUCCUUAGAAAGAGUUUUUCCUUGCCUCCGUCACCAAACAAAAGGUGCUAUUGUUAUAUAAUUGGCAUGACUUGGCAACACAUCAGUCAAAACUAAUCCAACCAACUUCAAAAUGUAUGCACUAUUGCUCAAAGUCAGGGGCAUGGAACCUAUUGAGCUCCUGUUUCCCAAAGUUUCUUCGUUAGAGGAAGUUUUUCCUUGCGUCUGUCGCCAAACAAGAGAUGCUAUAGCAAUAUAAUUGGCAUGACUUUUGCAAUUAAUCAGGCAAAACUAAGGAAAACAACUUUGAAAUGGACCUAGCAUUCCACUGGAUGAUGUUUUUUCAUUAGAAACAGUUUUUCCUUGCCUCCGUCGCCAAACAACAGGUGCUAUAGCUAUAUAAUUGGCAUGACUUGGCAACACGCCAGUCAAAACUAACCCAACCAACUUCAAAACGGAUGCACUUUUGGUCAGGGUGAGAGGCAAGAAACCUAUGGAGCUCCCGUUUCCCAAAGUUUCUUCGUUUGAGGGAGUGUUUCCUUGCCUCUGUCGCCAAACAAGACAUGCUAUAGCAAUAUAAUUGGCAUGAAUUUUGCAAUGAAUCAGUCAAAACUAAGGAAAACAACUUCGAAAUGGACCUAGCAUUCCACUGGAUGAUGUGUAUUCCUUAGAAAGAGUUUUUCCUUGCCUCUGUCACCAAAAAACAGGUGCUAUUGCUAUAUAUUUGGCAAGAAUGUGGGAUUUACAAUAAUAACUAUGAACGAUAAAACACUGAGUAUUGACAACAUAUGAACGUCACCCCCCCUCUCCAUCCAAAUAUUUUACAAAAAUGCAACAAACACAGCAAAAUGCGAACACAAAAGGGCAAAAAAAACACCCAUAAUCUGAUAUACCUGAUACAUCACUAAGCUCUAGAACUUUGUUGUAAAAAUCUCCCCGACACCCGCAUUUCAGGCUCUGGAAACACUCUGUGGAAACGCUCCCCACCCACACUGCUUGGUGCCUCCUGCUGGGACUUAGAUGACCAUAGUCAUUUACAUACCAAAAAUGUGUUCGGGGGCCUGGUAUAUCUCAUUUUCGGGAACACUAAUAAAAACAACCCACACUAAUGUCUGAUUGAAUGCUAAAAACACCCCCGCGAUCCCACAAGGAACUAGCGGUAGUAUAUGGAUGGAUGGAUGGAUGAAUGCUAAAAACGUUAUGCCGGACCGCUUUAAAAUACGGAAUGGAAUUUUAUGUUUUUUUACAGAAUGAGACACCCAUAAUGUACAUGAAAGUGAAGAAUGUGGGAUUUAUAUAACUAUGAACGAUAAAACACUGAAUAUUGACAACAUAUGAACGUCACCCCCCCUCUCCAUCCAAAUAUUUCACAAAAAUGCAACAAACACAGCAAAAUAUGAAGGCGAAUUUACAGGAAAGUAAAGAAUGUGGGAUUUAUAAUAUUAACUAUGAACGAUAAAACACUGAAUAUUGACAACAUAUAAACGUCACCCCCCUCUCCAUCCAAAUAUUUUACAAAAAUGCAACAAACACAGCAAAAUAUGAAGGCGAAUUUACAGGAAAGUAAAGAAUGUGGGAUUUAUAAUAUUAACUAUGAACGAUAAAACACUGAAUAUUGACAACAUAUAAACGUCACCCCCCCUCUCCAUCCAAAUAUUUUACAAAAAUGCAACAAACACAGCAAAAUAUGAAGGCGAAGGGUAAAAAAACACCCACAAUCUGAUCUAUCUGAUACAUCACUAAGCUUGGUGCUUCCUGAUUUGACUUAAAUGACGAUAGUAACUAAUUAGUUUACCAUAGUAACUCAUUAGAUUACCAUAGUAACUAAUUAGUUUACCAUAGUAACUCAUUAGAUUACCAUAGUAACUAAUUAGUUUACCAUAGUAACUCAUUAGUUUACCAUAGUAACUCAUUAGUUUACCAUAGUAACUAAUUAGUUUACCAUAGUAACUAAUUAGAUUACCAUAGUAACUCAUUAGAUUACCAUAGUAACUAAUUAGUUUACCAUAGUAACUCAUUAGAUUACCAUAGUAACUAAUUAGUUUACCAUAGUAACUCAUUAGUUUACCAUAGUAACUCAUUAGAUUACCAUAGUAACUAAUUAGUUUACCAUAGUAACUCAUUAGAUUACCAUAGUAACUAAUUAGUUUACCAUAGUAACUCAUUAGUUUACCAUAGUAACUCAUUAGUUUACCAUAGUAACUCAUUAGAUUACCAUAGUAAAUAAUUAGUUUACCAUAGUAACUAAUUAGAUUACCAUAGUAACUCAUUAGUUUACCAUAGUAACUCAUUAGAUUACCAUAGUAACUAAUUAGUUUACCAUAGUGACUCAUUAGUUUACCAUAGUAACUCAUUAGUUUACCAUAGUAACUAAUUAGUUUACCAUAGUAACUAAUUAGAUUACCAUAGUAACUCAUUAGAUUACCAUAGUAACUAAUUAGUUUACCAUAGUAACUCAUUAGAUUACCAUAGUAACUAAUUAGUUUACCAUAGUAACUCAUUAGUUUACCAUAGUAACUCAUUAGAUUACCAUAGUAACUAAUUAGUUUACCAUAGUAACUCAUUAGAUUACCAUAGUAACUAAUUAGUUUACCAUAGUAACUCAUUAGUUUACCAUAGUAACUCAUUAGUUUACCAUAGUAACUCAUUAGAUUACCAUAGUAAAUAAUUAGUUUACCAUAGUAACUAAUUAGAUUACCAUAGUAACUCAUUAGUUUACCAUAGUAACUCAUUAGAUUACCAUAGUAACUCAUUAGAUUACCAUAGUAACUCAUUAGUUUACCAUAGUAACUAAUUAGUUUACCAUAGCAAAAAGUGCAGAUUCCAGCCAUUGAGAUACUUUGUAUAGUUGAAGACUUACGGUCAUUUGAAAGCAUCCCAGCUCCAGUUUGCAUCUCAAAGAUCUAAACAAAAGUAUUUGUCCAGGUCUGAUCAAGAGGAACAACAAGAAUCCUGUUGAUUUUGAUCAACAAACGUCCAGUUUGGGUUCAAAUUAGUCAAAUCUGAGCUCUUUUUGGUUUCUUGCAACUCAAAGACUUUCAGUUGAUAGUCCUAAAAAAAAUAAUUAUUAAAAAAAAUAAAUAAAUAAGAACCCUUUUGAUUUUGAAAGCAGCGAGCCAACAGCCGGUGGAUUUUUGUAUUUUUUUUUUUUUUUUUUGCUCCCGGCUCACCAGCGAUGACUUGUGUCCUUUCUUUUUUUGCGGAAAGAUGGACGACGCAUCAACAUUCCUUUUAUUUUGGCUUUGAAGUGGUGUCUUUGUUUCAUGGUGGGGGAAAAGACAUGAAAUGACAGACGAGAAUAAAAACAAUUGUGUAUUGCAGAAGAAGAAUGAUGGCGACGGUGCCAAGAUCUUGUGGAAUUUGCAGCGCCAUGCUUGACUUUUGCUCCGGUCCGCCCUCGCUGAGUAUUUGGGGAAAGUUUGUGUUGUCUUGUGGUUUCAACUCAUGAAUGCCUUCUUUGCCUCAACAAUUGUUGUCAUUUUCAUGGCACAUUUUGAUCAAUCAAAGGCAGAUGCUGCUUUUCUUUUCUUUCUUUCUUCGUGAUGAUUGUGUUGGUUAGAACUUUGGUUAUAAUAACUUCAUGUCCAUUUUAACGCAUGUUGUCACUCUCUGUCUAAGACGCUGGUAAAACAUCUCACAAAACCACCAAUAGAACAUUCUCCAAGGAGCCAAACGACUUUCUUCGUUCUCCUUCCUGACCGUUUAAUUUGAACACAGAGUUAAUAUUUUAUAUUUUAAAUAAAAGGAAAUUAUUUUAUAACA